UGCCGGCCCAGGGCCGUUGUAGCAUGUUGUUUCCUCGCUCUACUGUGCUGGCAGCGAUGCUUGUGGUAUCAAGCAGGGCGUUCCGAGCCAAUGUUUUACCUGCCUGGGUCUCAGUCGCAUCCUUCGCGAGAGGUAGAUCGCUGUCCUCGGCAGCAGCGUCAUCGUGCAGUGCUGCCACUGGGGCAGCCCCCGACAUGGGCUGCGCUGCUGUCGUCACCGGCGAUCUUCAACCACAGCCCCUCUUCAAGUUCUUCGAAGAACUCAGCUCGAUACCCCGGGCCUCCAAGCACGAAGCCGCGGCGCUGGCCUACGUGAAACGGUUCGCGGAUGACCGCGGGCUGCCGUGGCGAGAAGACGGGUACGGAAACAUGGUUGUCGAGAAGGAGGGGAUGAAUGGGGGAGAGGGCGCCCCCAUCGUCGUCAUCCAAGGUCACGUCGACAUGGUCACCGAGAAAAACUCGGGGUCUUCCCACGACUUUCUCAAGGACCCCAUCCGUCUGUUGGUAGAAGGCGAUUGGCUGACGGCCGAUGGGACAACUCUCGGGGCGGACAACGGGAUUGGCGUCAGCGCGGCUCUCGCUCUUUUGGACAUGCCGGUGUCCUCGGGAGCGCGGCUUCCUCCCCUCGAGUGUCUCUUCACGGUCGAGGAAGAGAUCGGAUUGGUCGGUGCGUUCGAGCUUGACGGGAGCCUGGUGAAGGGGCGAACGAUGCUCAACCUCGAUACCGUGAAGUGGGGAUCUCUGUUUGUUGGGUGCGCGGGGGGCGGGGAUUCGCUGAUCACGCUGCCCGUGGAACAAGAGGCCGUCGAUCCCGCUUCUUACGAGUCCGUCGCCGUGGAGGGACUGAUGGGGGGGCAUUCGGGCAUCAACAUUCAGGAGGACCGAGGGAACGGGGUGAAGCUCUUGAUCCGAGUCCUUGAGGCUGUAUUGGAGGGGGUCCCGUCGCUGCACCUGGUGGACCUGAGGGGGGGGGACAAGCACAACGCGAUCCCGAGGGAGGCGUUCGCUACCAUUCUGCUCCCCAAAGGAGACUCCGAUGCCCUUAAAGCUGCCGAAGAAAUCGCCGGGGCCGUUCUCGGCGACCUGAAGAUGGAGUUCGGCACGAAGGAGCCCUCCAUGGCCGUGCAAAUCCGAAAGGACGCCGACGCGGCGGUGGGCACAUGCCUGGGCGCCGGUGCGACGCGGCGGCUGUUGUCGCUGCUGGAGCUGCUGCCUCACGGGGUGGUGAAGAUCUCGCACGAUGUUGAAGGGCUGGUGGAGACCUCGAGCAAUCUGGCUUCCGUAACGCCUAUCGAAGGAGCUCAAGGUGGAGAUGCAGGAGGAAACGGCACGUACGAGAUCCUGUGCUCCACGAGGUCGUCGCUGAGCCCUCCCCUGGAGGCGGUCCGCCGUCGGAUAAAGACGGCGGCGGAGCUCUGCGGCGCCAGCAACGUGCUUCGACGGCAGGCGUACCCGGGCUGGCAGCCAAACCUGCAGUCCAACGUUCUCAAGGUUGCGCGGGAUGAACUUCGAGUCCUGCUGAACGGCGAAGAACCCGGCAUUGAAGCCCUGCACGCAGGCCUGGAAUGCGGCGUGAUUGGCGACAAGGCCCCCGGGAUGGACAUUGUGAGCUUCGGACCGACGAUCGACGGCGCCCACUCUCCGGACGAGCGGGUGAACAUUGCCUCGGUCGGCAAGUUCUGGCAACUGGUUUUGGCCACCUUGGAAGGCCUAGCCACCAAGCAGCAGUAGGGACUAGGGACGAGCCGAGCCUCUCGGCCGUAGGCGGCAACGAGGCAGGCCGUUGACAGCGUUUUUUCUGUGGCAUGGCAUGCUCACGCCGAGGAGGCUUCUCAAGGAAUCCUGGAUGCGGUUGAUUUUUUUGUUUGCGUACCCCGGGACGUGUGGAUCGGUGCUGCUUCUAGCGUGACGAUGUCGUUGUCAAUCCAUCGGGCUUUGGUCUUGGCGGCUGUAGAGAUGAAACUGUGAUCGACAUCAAGGUUGCUGGCUCAUUCCCAUUGCUAAGGCGCGCUCGGUUGGGGAAUACUCGGAGGAAGAAUAUGAAUAGUUCCGGAAAUGCGCAAGCGGUUCGCUCCAAUUUCGGAUGGGCCUCUGAUAGCAAGGGGAUAGUCUAAGGCUGUUCCCCAUUACUGAUCGGCUCGCUUAAUCUAUUGCGCGUACCGUGUUUUAGUUUUGUUCGAUUGUUGCUUUGUCGCUGAAUCCUGUGAUGAUGGUGGGUGAUCCCUGCGCAGCCUAGCCGGAAAAGCCGGACGAGCGGUCGGCUCUUUGAACAUGGAACGGUAAUCGAGAAAGGCUCUCUCUCAUGGAAAACCGCAUGCUGACGCAUGCUUUCGCGCAAGGGUUUGGUUUUGCAGACAAGCGAGAGUGAGUUCACGACGAGGCUCCUUCUCAAGACUGACCGUCACUUCUUCCUUGUUUUGUGCAGCAUUGUUCUUUGGCCUUUUCGCUGUGUGUUCUCUAUCUGAUAAAGC